GCGUUGGACAUCGGCUUCUCGAACUGGAGUUUUGAGUUCAUCACCAUCUCCUUGUAUACGAUGACUAAGUCUUCGUGUAUUGUAUUUAUUCUAAUGUUUGCCAUACUUUUCGAUCUCGAGAAGAAGAGGUUUUCACUGAUAAUUGUGGUCUCAUUGAUAUCGAGCGGACUCUUUAUGUUUACCUAUCAUUCAACUCAGUUUCAAAUACAGGGUUUCCUAUUAGUAUUGAGCGCAUCCUUAUUAGGAGGUCUUCGGUGGACACUAUCGCAGCUCGUAAUGCAGCGCAAAGAAGUCGGAUUAAGCAAUCCAUUGGAUAUGAUGUAUCACAUCCAGCCCUGGAUGCUUUUGGGUUUAAUACCAUUAGCCAUAAUGUUUGAAGGCAUACCUUUCAGUCAAAGCAAAGUGACAAUUAGUCAAAUUCUAAGCGAUUCUGAGCUUUUAUGGCAAACACUUAGUCUAAUAAUGAUUGGCUCAGUACUGGCUUUCUUCAUGGAAUUCAGCGAAUUCUUGCUUUUGACGUAUACUUCAAGUCUUACCCUUUCGAUUGCAGGCAUUUUCAAAGAGGUGUUCACUCUAUACCUCGCCGUCAACUAUAACGGCGACCAAAUGAGUCGAAUCAACUUCAUUGGACUCAUUGUUUGUUUAUUGGGAAUUGCAUUACAUGUAGUCAUCAAAGCCUUGGACACAACGGGUAAGAAAUUUCACUAUCCGUUGAGUGUAGUCACGUGUCAUAUGAUUGUCAAACUGAUGAUCGCAUACUUCUUGAGACUGACGUACAAAUCAAUUACAGGCGUGAGUCGUAUAUCGUUGUCGUGGGACGAAAACGUACGCAAACUGUCGGCCACUGGAAUCGCUUCGGCGUUGGACAUCGGCUUCUCGAACUGGAGUUUUGAGUUCAUCACCAUCUCCUUGUAUACGAUGACUAAGUCUUCGUGUAUUGUAUUUAUUCUAAUGUUUGCCAUACUUUUCGAUCUCGAGAAGAAG